GUAACUAUGUUCGCCAUUUAUAUAUGAAGGCAACCAAAAACUGUUGACCAAUAGCGUAGCAGUAUUGACCAACAUUACGUCAUAUAUUGGACGCGGGAAAGUUCUUCGCGCUUUGAGCUGCCAAAGUUUCUUGUGUUUUUAUUUUCUGUUUCUUACUUUCUUUGUUUUCUUUUAUUUUCUUAUGAAUUUGACUAAAACUAACUUCACUGUGAUAGCUAGCUAGCAUAGCUGAGUGUAAAAACAGUUUUUCUUAUUUGACGCCUUAUUAUUCUCUUGGUCAAGGUCAUAGCUUUCAAUUUAACAGCUUUUACUACUGUAUAUUGUCAUGGUUGAAAUAUGGUUGUUUGAAUUGCACAAAAUACUGGAAUCUUAAUGUGUGUGUGUUUUCUGGUCCAAAUUUGCAUUUUUGCACAGAAUCAUGCACAUUUCUUGUGCACUUAAUGCUCAUCUGUCAUUGCUUGAUGUCAGACAUUAGAAACCAGCUUGAUACAGCAAGCUUACAUUUAUUGACUCACCACAAAAAAUAUAACCUUCCCUUGAAGUGAGAAUAGUAUUACAAUUUUAACUAUAUGUCUAUUGAUCAAAUUGGAUCAAAUACAGCGUUUUCGAAAACAAUAUCACCAAACUAUCUUGCUAAUUUCCCAAUGAUACUGUUCUGCCCAAUCUUGAAACGGCCCCCGUCUUAGCCAAAUCUGGCCUGGUCAAUUCAACAGUACUGGCAAAUUCGUUUUUGAUGUACAUACCCCAAAUAUAUUUUUUUUAAUGUGCCUGAGAAUGUUUGUAGGGUCUUGCAAACAACAGAGCUUGUGUGUCACAUCCAUGGUCUCCUGCCUAAUCUUUUGACGAACUGGGCAUUUUUAUGUCCAAAUAUUGGGCAGUCUCCUAAGAUUGGGCAGAACAAUACUAUCACAGUAUAUCUGAAUUAUGUUUUCCGUCAAAUUUAAGCAAAUCUUGUUUUGAUUGAUAAAUUAAUGUUGUCAUAAAUUAUUUGAUUUUCUGACUUGGUAGUUUGUGGGAUGCUCAGAUAUAGUAACGAUGUUUUACUACAAUAAAAAAGUAUAUGUUUUGCUUAAUUUUUUAAACAAAUGUAUAGUCUUUUCCUUGCAAAACUAGGAGUUUCUUUAAAUACAGUAAACUCUCCUGAAUCUCUUUCGGUAAGUUGCACCCCGCUAUGUAUUCCUGACCCACUCACACAUUUAAUUAAUCAUUUUGUAAAUUAUUGUGGUUGGUUCUAUUCAGCUGAGACAUGAUUGCCGCAACUACAAACACCCUGAAAUAUCUAUGUAUAUAUAUGUUAAAAAAAGUUGAUUAUGGUAAUAGGUUUUCAUGUGAAACAGAACAAUAUAUUAUGGUCCAUGUUUAGCAUAUUUAAAUCUUUGUUACUAGGUAAAUUGACAAUAAAUAAAAGUUUGCAUCAAUGUCAAAAAGACGACAGAAUAAGCGUGAGACAGACCCACGUUCUAUUGCAAAGUAUUAUUGCAAACAAAAAGCAGAUCAAAGUGGUUUCCAGAAAUUAUUCAUCAAUGACAACAUAGGUUUUGGAGUGUUUGCUACAAAAACAUUUCAACAUGGUGAAUUUCUUCUUGAGUAUGCUGGAAAUUGUAUUAGUAAAGUUGAGGGUGAAAAAUUGCAAUCUACAUAUCCUGAUGAAGCUGGUUCCUUUUUAUUUUUUUAUAAUAACAGUUGCAUUGAUGCAACUGAGAACACACAGUUUGGGAAAUACGUUAAUGACAGCAAAAAUGCCAAAAACUGUUGCAUGAAACCGAUAUAUGAUGAUAAUGGGCAUUUGCAUCUUUGCCUGUUUGUUUUGUGUGACAAAGUCAUAUCUAUUGGAGAAGAGUUGAGAUAUUCGUAUGGAGAUAUGAAAGAACUUUUUUGGAGAAAAAACAAGGAGACUGCUUCACCAUAUUUUGCAAAUAUUGAUGUUGUUACCAAGCAGGGAUUUGUUUUGUGCGAUCCUGGGAAUGUAAUUAAUAACCAAAAAAAGAAAAUUUAUUCUGAACAUGAUGAUGAAUUCAUUUCUGGUAGUGCAACAACAGAGGAAGAUGUCAAGGAAUGUCUGGACAAGAUUCAUGAUUGCAUUCUUCAAACAGAAGUGAUAGAUAAUGGGGAAAAUGACGAAGAAAAAUGUGAUCAAGUAGUUGUUCGGAAAAAAGACGGAAGUAUUGAACUAAAAUCUGACACCUGUGUAAAAGAUAAAGAUGAUGUGAAUGCAAAGUUUAUUGAUGUUGUUGAUGUAUAUGAACCCAAGAAUAACGAUCCUGUUCGUUUAUAUAGUAAAAACGUAGGCGAAGGAAAAGAUUCAGUUGCUAUCAAUGGUCAGAAUGUUGAUUUGUGUGAAAAAUUAGAGGAGGAAGUAGAGGAAAAUAUUAAAUGCAAAGGUUUUAAUGGUGGUUAUCAGACAAAUGGUGCUACUGUUUACAUGCAAUUAGAAAAUAUGGGAGGGGAGAAAUAUUGUGUUCAUAAACUCCAACUUAAAGAAAAUGUUGAAAACACAUCUAUCAUACAGGAUAUGGAAAUAGUUGGUGAAAAUAAAGAACAAGUUGCUGCUGAAAUCAUUACAGAUAUUGUCAGUGUUAUAGAUAGAAGUGUCACUAAUGACAAGGUUCUUGAUUUUGUUGAUGUAUGUGAACCCAAGGGCAAUAAUUCUGAUAGUUUACACAAUCAAAGUGUAGGUGAAGGCAAAGAUGCAGUUUUGGUCAAUCGUGUUGCUGGUAGUGUGAGUUAUAAGGUGGAUAAUCCUACUGUUUAUACACAAGUAGAAUCAAACGAAGGGGACAGAUAUUGUGGUGAUGAACCUCUACAUGGACAGAAUGUUGAGGAAACGAAUAUUGCUGGUAUACAGGAUAUGAAAAUAGGUUGUGAAAAUAAAGAACAAGUUGCUGAGAUCAUUGCAGAUGUUGUCAGUGUCCAAGGUCGAAAUUACAAGAGUGCAGAUGUGGUUGCAUCAGGUGUAAAUACGUACAAGAACAGUACUUACCAAUCAAAAAAAAAGAUUCAGGAAAAUAUUGGCAGUGGUGUAAAUAAAAAGAAUGUCAUUGGUGGAGAUAAAUUUGCAGACUACUACAAGGACAUAGAUUUUGCCAAGCUGGAUUGUAGUGACGAUGAUGUAAAAAUUACUUAUCCAGAAAUUGAAAUUGUCCCUGAUUUCAGCAGUUCUGACAGUGAAACAUGUUCCAUUUUGAAUGGUAGUAAUGAAGAAACAACUUUUCCAUUAAAAAUUAAUUUUAGAAAUGACAAAACUGAAACACUGACAAAAGUAUUGGAGAAGUUCAUGAAAGUUGAUCUUGAAGAAAUAGAAACUCUAGCAUCGACAAAGGUGUGUCAAGUUGCUGAACAUACGCAGACCAUUAGGGAAGUCAGCUGUUGUGAACAAGUUUCAGUGAAAAAUGAUUCUGGUUUGGAGAUUGAUGAGGAUUUAGACAUUGUGAAUACUGAUAGUGAACAGGAAACAAUUGAAGCCGAGUCUAAAAAACUGCAGAAAAAAAGUCCUUACAAAAAACCGUAUAGAAUGUGCAUUUAUUGUUCUAUAAUGUCUUCAAAAUUGAGCAGACACAUUAAAAAAUGUCAUAAGGAAAAUGAAAGAGUGAAAAAUGCACUAAAGAUGACUAAGGUGAAGCAAAUUGAGGAAUGGAAAAAAAUUAAAAGGGAAGGAAUUUUAAUGUACAACAAGUUGCAAGCUACCACAGAAAAUCCUAUUUUCCAAGGAGAACGUCAAAGAAAGAAAUACUUGGAAUUGCAACGUUGUAAUUUAUGCUCUGCUUUUAUCUCUAAGCGUUUCUUUGCCAGCCACAAAAGAACGUGCAUGAGAAGACAAGAUGCUGUCCCAACAGGCUUGCCAUUGUCACUGGACUUCCUUCCAAUGUCACUCCAAAUGUCGGAUCAAUUCAAGGAAGUCAUUUUGGCCAAGCUUAGAGAUGAUCCCGUAGGAAAUAUAUGUCGCAAAGAUGAAAUGAUAUUACGAAUUGGAAUGAAGUUGUUUGCAAAGCUUGUAGUCAAAAAAGAAAAAGCAGCCACCGUGAAUAAAUCUGUUAGGGGUCAUAUGCGAGUGUUAGGUAGCCUGUACCAAUCUUUUAAGAGGAUGAAUGGCGUUUGUCAUGAUCAUGGUAAUUUGUUAGAUAUGUUUGUGCGAAAGAAUUUUACGUGUUUUACUGAUGCCAUUGACGCUGUUACUUUGAAUGUUGAUCGUAGUCUUAAGCCAGGACUACGCCAGAAUGUUUUUUACAUCAUCAACAAAAGUGUAAAAAUAUUGUAUGCUCAUCAAUAUAUGUUAGCUAACGAAGAGGAGGCCAGUGAAAUCGAAAAAUUUAUGGUAUGCUAUAAAGCCAACGAGGAUUGCAUGGUUUCCUCUGCACGAUACGAGCUUGAAAAAAAAAGGCUAGUUAAAAUAAGAAAACCAUGUCAGUUGCCUUUGGAAAGCGACAUUGAGAAAAUACAUCAACAUAUUCUCAAGAGAAUGGGUGAACUACUGUGUGUUUUUGAGUUAUGGACUGCUCACUCUUUUGUUGAACUGAGGAACUUAGUACUCACACGACUAACAUUAUUGAAUGGGCGCCGUGGUGGGGAAACAAGUCGCCUCCUAGUAAAAGAUUGGUUAGAAGCAGAAAGCGAUAACUGGAUUGAUCAACAACGUCUUCAGAGUUUGAAUGAAGCUGACAAACUAUUAGUGAGUUCACUAAAAAUAACCUACAUGACGGGUAAAGGAAAUCAUCAUUUGGUGUCUGUUUUAUUUCCAAACGACACUACUUCUGCUAUGAAAAGGUUAGUUGAUCCAAAAUUUAGAUUCAAGGCUGGUAUCGAUAAAAAUAAUGAUUUUGUGUUUGCCAGCACACAGCUGUCAUCUUUAAAUGUGUCUGGCUGGCAUGCAUUGAAAGAAGUCUGUAAGAAACUAGAACUUACCAAUGUGGAAAUUAUAAAUGCAACCACUAAUAGACACCGCGUCAGCACUUUAUAUGCUGCGUUGGACCUGCCACAACAGGAAAGACAACUGUUCUACGCCCAUAUGGGUCAUUCUGAAAGCAUGAAUAAAGAUAUUUAUCAAGCCCCAUUAGCUUUAAUGGGAGUCACAAAGAUUGGAAAACAAUUAAUAAAUCUCCAUGCAAGCGAUAACGGUCAUAUUGAAGAAACUGAUAAAAGUUUAAAAACAUUUAAAGACAAAACUCAUACAGAAGACAAGAAAUUGGCAACUAACUAUGCAGUGACAAGUACUCCCGUAAGAACAUCAGCUGAAGCGACAAAGACAAAAAGAUCAGUGGGGAAAAGAGUGAUGAUGCUGUCGAGCAGUUCAUCGGAUGAAGAAGCUAUUGAAUCAAAAAAUGUACCAGUUGAAGCUAGGAAGUAUCCUUUGCGUGGCAGAUCAAAAAAAAGAAAAAAGUACGUUAAAAUUACUGAUGCCCAAAUUAGAGAUGAUUCAUGUGAUCCUACUUCCUAUGAAGAUAAAGAAGAGAAUGAGAGAUUGAAAUGCAAACCUGUCAAAUCCAGUGUCAAGUGGACUUCGGAAUUAAAUAAAGUGUUCUUCGAAAAAUUUGGUUGUUACGUGCGUCGCACCAAUGAUCGACCAUUUCCAGGUCGACUGGAAAUGGAAAAUUUUGCAAAAAGUUACUUUGGAUCAGCCAAUUUUGCCUUCGCUGUGCGAACAAAAAUAAACAACGAGCGGAAAAAGUUCGAUGACAUAAAGAAUAAAAGGUUGAAAGAAAUUGGACUAACUAGUUAAUCAUGCAGUUAUUUUUGCUUUACUAAUUUUUUGUUUGGAUAUACUGACUUUAGCUAACUUGUGAAGUUGUCGCUUUGAAUUACCUACUUUCUAGUCAUUUUGGUGUCUAUUUACAUUCCUGCGUUCUGUACAUGUAUUACGCACAAAUGAGUUAGUGUGGAUUUUUUUCCUUUUUUUUAAGUUAUGAAUCGAUCCAUUUAUUCUUUGCAAUUUAUUUGUGAUUUUAUGUUCAGAAAGAAAAAUUAGUCCA